GUACCAUUCACUACCUAGCAGUGCCAGUGUUGCUUACAAUUCCAACAUGCGCUGCUCGUGUCGUGCCUCUAGAUAGUCAAAUGCAGUGUCAAAAAUUACCCUUCAUUACGGAGGCGGGUAUCUUUUUGACAUGGUCAUGAUGACGGAGUCAGAUCACCGUCAUUUCUACAGCUUCGCAAGCCUUCAAUAUAACCUCUACACACCUUGCACAUUGGGAUUGAUUCGAAAACACCUUAGUCGUACCCAAAGCUUACUAGACCAGACCAACAAGUUCUUCACCAAAGCCACAACCUACGUCAAUGUCGUUCCUCAAACGCCCGGUUGCACGCGGUGCACGCAUCGCCCCAACUGCGCCCCUCCGUACACUCGCUACCUCGCGGUCACUCUUUGAACAAAGGCUUAAGCGCGGUCCCGACAUGGGCUCCAACAAGCCCGACGCAUCUGCCAACUCGUCCGUGAAUCCCAAUACCGACAAGCGCUCGAGCACGCUCAACACCGACCGGCAGUCCAGCGCCUCGAGCGAUGAACACGAGAGCGGCGCUAACCACCCAGCAAAGCAGCCUGAUCAGCAGGCACAGCCAACGAGGAGUACAGCCAUCGGGGGAGGGGAGGAGGGGAUGGGAGGAAAGGAGGGGAUGGGCGAGAUCAGUGAGACGGGUAAGAGGAAUCUUGCUGAGCAGUAGGUGAGUGCGACAUUUUUGAGAAACAGGCACCUGUUGUCACAGGAUUGGAAGAGGAGGAUUGUUAGCUUGAUAUAAGAGCGAACAUCAGUACAGAUCGGUACAUUCCAGUCUCUAAGAUAGGGGGUUGUGAUGAAAUAUCAAGCUGAAGUAUGUCGAGAGGGCUCAGAGGAGACAGCUCAGAGUUUGGUGUGUUAAAGGGAA